UCGGGUGGCUGUACACGAGAAGAGCCAUCUUGAACUGCCGAGAUGACAUCAUCCACACUUGUCGAGACGGUGUCUCUCAACUAUGAAGACUUCAGCGAGAACUUCCUCACGUGUAGCACUUGCCUGUGCACCUACGAUGGCCAGGAGCGCAGCCCGAAGCUCCUCUCCUGCUCCCACACAGUGUGCCGCAGCUGCCUCGAGCGCCUUGCCGCUGCGGCCCGAUCCCAGCACGAGGGCACGCUCAGGUGCCCCAUCUGCCGUGAGGCCGUGCCUCUACCAGAGCCCGGGGUCGGGGCACUGCCACCCAGCUUCCUGGUCAACCAGCUGCUGGACCUUGUUGCCAGCCGGCGUCGUGAGGUCGUGCCCAAGUGUGCCCUCCACCCCGCAGGACCAGAGUUGCUCUUCUGCGAGGCGUGCGACCAAGUGUUCUGCUCCAUGUGCCUCGGUCCCGCUCACGCCGACUCCAGCCACACAGUGGUCCCCUUCUCCAUCGCCGUCAAGCGCAUGUCUGAGAUACUCCUGUACAAAUCUCAACUGUGCCUGAGCAAACUGGAUGCAGCAGCAGAGGCGGUGAGUGCUGAGAUCACACGACUCGAUGCUGCCGCCGAAGAGGUAACGGACCAAAUCGAGGCCUCUUUUCGAGAAAUUCAGGACCUUCUGGAACAGCGGCGGAAGUCACUCUUGGCCACGUUGCAGGCACUCUGGGACCGAAAGAAAGAAGCCCUUGAAGAGCAGCUGAAUCAAAUCCAAAACGAGAGGUCUCAACUUGAGCAGGAGUGCUGCACCCCCGAUAGUCAGCUUGACGUCCGAAACCUUACGAAGAAGAUUGCGGACUUGGACGUCAAGAUGGGCUCUCUGGAUCACUUGGCCGAACCCCGCGAGAACUGCUAUCUUCACUUUGACUGCGCAUACAACUCUGCCCUCGAUGACAUUGCGCAAGCUCUCAGGGUCUUUGGAAAGCUCGAGACGAGCCGCACGUUCCCACCCUUGUGCACAAUUAGCGUCAAAGACUGUCCGGCAUACGUCAAGGCCCGUGCACUGCUUCGUACCUAUGACUGUGACGGUCGGCCUCAGACGGUGGGUGGAGAUCCUGUGACUGUGGCACUGGUGGCGUGCAACGAGGAUCAGAAACAGCUUGAUGUUCAAGUGAUAGACCGCGGCACCGGUGAAUAUACAGUGGCGUUUCAAGUGCCCCACGUCGCGCGGUACCGCCUUGCCGUGUCGGUGCUGGGCCGACCCUUGCAAGGAAGUCCUUUCGAGUUCGCCGCCACCGACAACAUCGAUCCCGAAGCGGUGUUUGGUCGGCACGGUGAUGGCACAGACGGCUUCCAUCAGCCCGUAGCCGUGGUGUAUGGGCCCGAGGGCCUGCUGUACGUGCUGGACACGGGAAACUGCAGAAUCAAGGUGCUCACGCCGGAGCUCCGGUUCGUCCGCCACCUAACGGAAGUCGGCACAGAGGAACGGGGUGGCACAGGACUCGCUAUUUCUCCAUCGGCAGGCACUCUGGUAACGUGCAACUGGAGGACACGCACGGUCACCGAGUUCACCGCUGAAGGGACGAUCGUUCGGACCUUCACGCAUGUCGACUUGCUCGAACCCACAGCCCUCACAGUUGACUCCCAGGGGUAUGUGUUUGUUGUGGACAGUGGCAAACGCUGCAUCUUCAUCUUUAAUCAAGAGGGCACCCUUGUCAAGAAGGUGGAAGGAAAAGUGCUGGCACUGCCAACGAACUUCAACCCAAGUGCCAUUGCGAUGAGUGCAGACAACAACGUUCUAGUGGCAGACUCAACUAUACACGUGCUGGACUCGCAAGGCAACAGGCUGUCGACAAUGUUUGCUGAGGGCAAAGGAAAAGGAAGAUUCGGAGGCAUCUGCGUCGAUGCUCAAGGGAUCGUGCUGGCCACUCGCUCCGAUCGCAGCAAGAAUAACGUCCUGUUAUUUGACCGGGUUGGCGGACAGCUGACCUACACGAUAGAGAGCCGGAGUAGUAGGCUGGGUCGGCCUCUCGGAAUCGCCUACACUCCAGAUGGCCACGCUGUCGUGGUGGACCUCGGCAACGACUGCAUCAAGAAGUAUCGGUACAAGUGAUGCGGGUUCAUUGUUCUGCCAGUUGCCCUGUUUUACAAAUCUGCGUUAUCUAGUAUUUCUAGGCAUCACAUGCUAGUCACCGCAGAGGCACAUGCAUCUGUGGCCGUCUGUCCAAAGCUCUGUGUAGCAGAGUAGACAGAUUCGAACACUUUCUUAGCCAUUACUUUUGCUCUGUUUUGCCAUAAGAAUGCACUGGCAGAAUAGUGAACCUAUUGUGCAGUGUGCAGUCACAAAUGCAUUGGGUGCCUUCACGUCACAAUUUGUUCGAUAUAAAUUUUAUUAAAGGGGCCGCGUAACGCAAAAAUGAGCAGAACAUAUGCACUAGUUAUAGUGGUGUCGAGUAACAGCCCCUGUGUGGAGCUGAUAUAGUAGCAAUAUGCCACUGAUCAAGCGGGCCAACUUCCUGGGACAUCAAGUGCUCUUUACAGCAGUGCUAAUCGCAAGCAAACUGCAAUUACAAUUUUUCAUGAGUUUUAAAAGUUUGCACUCUCGUAGAAGAGUACUUUCUAGGUGAUUGGGAACUAGACCUUAUGGAGCCCAGGUAAAUCUACGAGGGAAGCUUGUCACGCAGUGUGCCCUUCAAGUUUUCUUGUGCUGCGACCCAGUUUUCACAGGUAGCCACAUUUAUCUGCAGCCAUAAUGCCUUUCCUCCCCCUUUUUUUUUUCUUGCCGUUGAAGCCAUACUGCUACGUUUGAACACAUAUUGCAGUGCAUUCAUUGUGAAGUACUAUGUAGUAUGAGCUCUUGUCAAUUGUACAUCAGCAUUCACUGUAAGUGUAGUUUGGUUGUGUGGUGUGGCUGUUUUGGUAAUCCUUACACUCCCCAGCUCUGGAUGAUGGGAAUGAUGGUUAUUUUCAUUUGCCAUGGAUUUGGGAACUCAUCAUGCUAUCUAACAUGAACUAGCAGCCCUUGGUCACCA